AUGAAGAAUCAGAGUUUUUGUGCAAACAAGUUUGCAUCCCUCAUUUACACUUUUAUACUUUUAAAUAUAUAUAUAAAAUCAGAUAGAAUUGUAUAUGGAUCUAAUAUAAACGAGAAUAGUCAACCUAGUUCAAAUAAUUGGAAGCAGGAGUUGCUUAUUAGAACCACGUGUGGUCCAGAUGGUAAGGGAUUUUCUAACAAUAAGUCUUUUGUAGAGAGCAAGUUGAAAAUUUUUGCAAAUGAUGAGUUUAAUAAGCUGGUAAGCUUAGAUAAGCUUCCAAUUAUAUAUACUGGAAAGAAUAUUUCUAUGAUGCGUAAAGCAUUCAGACUUGGAGAAAUUUUGAAGGCACCAUUACGUUUAAGAGAGAGAAUAACACAGGAUCCUGAAUCAAUUCCUAUAAUUGAAGAUGAUUAUCUCUUAAUAUCACAUAUUCCUGAAGAAAGAGUUAACAAUAGAAUGGAAGUAGUUUAUAAUAGGGUAGCUAAUGAAAUCCGCUAUACGGUAUUGCUCUGUGGUGGUGAAUUGAUUUCGAUAACCCCAACUAUAAAGUAUAUAAUGCAACUUAAGUCUGUAGGUAAUGAUUUGAGUGGAGAUCCAAUAAUAUUAGAGUCUCUAAAAAUUUAUAACAAGGAAAAGGCAAGAUAUAGAAGGAAAAUGGCAGAAUUAAGUACAAGAUAUCUAUCUAUAUUGCCAUAUGCAAAUGAAAUUUAUUUUGGUUCUAAAAAUAUUAGACCAAGAGGAAGAUUGAUAGGUAUACCAAAAUUAGUACAAAAUGAAAUUGAAUUAACUAAAGACGAUUUUUCAAUAGGGUCUGUAUCAGAUGAAAAUGAAAUUGGAGGAGCCAUAAUUGGUCGUAAUAUAAGAGCAAAAGAGAAAUAUUUUGAUAAUAACUUCGAGCAUGAUAAUUUUAGUUUAUUAGAAGAUCUGGAGAAAUUCUCUAGUAUCUUCGAACUAGAUACUCCUAAAGCGCUAUUUUCUAUUGGAGAUAAGCAAGAUUUACCAGUUAUGUUAACUCCAAUAGCAGAUGUAAUAUCAACAAAAAAUAGUAGAAGUGUAAUUCCUCAUAGUAUAACAAGAGCAGCUAUAAAUAAGGAAACUGUCAUUAGCCGUAUUCGAGGAGACUUGGAAAAAAUUAAACAAGAAAAUAAAGAAGAACUAGGAAGUUCGAUAAUUUCAGAAACUGAAAAAUCUGAGGAUGAAUUACUAGAUAUAUAUGAUAAUGAUUCAUAUGACUCAAAGAGUAUUUUGAUUCGUCGAAGAAUCCGGCCAAAUGAUUCUCUAUUUACUGAUAUUAAUGAGGAAGUUUAUGUAGAUUCGAAGACUUCAAGUGAGUUACAAAUUCCUUUGGUUAAAGGUUUUCCUAUUUGGGAAGAAAUCCCUGAAUUUCUUACUAACAUAAUUGAUAAGAUACAAAAUAAAGAUUUUCUUGAUAAAGUAAGAUCGUUGGAUGAAAAAGAUAAAGUACUUAGAGAAGCAAUAGUCAAAUUUCCUGUUUAUCUUUCUCAAACAAAAAUUCUACGUUUGGAGUAUCAAUUAUUUUUUUUCUGGGAAUCUCUUAGACUUUCUAAUAUAUUGAUGGAUCAGAAAUAUGAUUCUUGUUUAGCUAAUUUUCCCGAUAGAAAUAAUGUACCAAAUUUGGACAUUCUCCCUUCUCAAAUACCUAGAACUGAUAAGUCAAUAGCUGAGUCUUGUUUUAUACUUCUUAAGUUCUUUAAAAAUAAGAAGAUACCUUUGAAGUUUCGGGUACUAAAAAAGAUAAAGGUAGAUUCUAAUGCGGCAAAAACUUCAUAUAAAGUUCAGUUUUUAAGUCCGACUAAAUUAGAAGAAAAAAAAGAGUACUAUAACAAAGCCAAAAUCUUAUGUUUUGACAUUUUCCCAAAUAUACUAAGAUAUGUUAUACAUUUUGUGUUUAAUGAUGUUAUUGAAGAACGACAGUCUAAUUACUUUAAAUAUAUUGAGAAGGUAAAGGAUCAAUUGAAACAUGAAAAUGAAUUGGCUUUACAAAAAAAAUAUAAGACAGAAUUAGAAAAAAGAAAAUUGAUCACUCCUAUAAAUAUAUCUAAUCGUAUGGAAAGAUAUGAAAAUGCUUGGAGGAGAAGUAUUGGAUCUUUAGGUUUGGUACCUUUAGCUACUGUUCCAAAAAAUAUUCUUGAGAAGAUCCAUAAUACAAUUAGGUUUGGUCCUUUAAUUAUUAAACGAAAAUUUAAUAGAAAACUAACUCCAGAAGAAGUUAGAACUUCAAUAGGGAAGACUAUUAUUAAAAUUAUUGACGAAUAUUAUUCAUCGAUUCAAGCUGAUUAUUUUUUCCUUCCUAUAGAUAUGCUCCAAAACUUUACAAUACAUAUUACUAAGACUUUAUUAGAAGUUCCUGUUGAUAAAUUGUUAGAUUCCAUGGUAAUUAAACCAACUUUAUUAUUGGAUAUGCAUAUAGAUAAAUUAACAGAUCUUAGUAUAUUUGAUCUAUGUGCAAAGCUACUAAUUGAUAUAAUUUCUUACCAUAAAGUCCAAGCCAAUGUAUCAAUUUUAGAUAAGAAAAAUAGUGAAUAUAUUAAUUUAUUAGACAGUAAAUAUUCGGAAAUCUGUACUAUAGUGUCAAAGUAUUUGUCAGCUAAUUUAUACAAUAGAAAAUUAUGUCGAUACCCACAAUCAAGUAAUUUUUUGUCUGAAUAUAAUAAGCAGGUCCAGAUAACUUUUAUUCAUCAAAUACUAACUGAUGGUUCUAGUAUAUUGCCUGUGCAAUUUGGACUUCAAAUUUACCAGUCAUCUUACUUAGAUAUCUUUAAAAGAGUUUGUGAAAUGCAUGGACUUUUAGUUACAUUUUUAGAUAUAAAUCUUGGGCAAAAAGAAUCCCCAAUUUUGAAUAUGAUGGCUGAUAAAACUCAAAUGGAACUUACUAAUGAAACGAUAAAUUUCCACGAAGUUGUAGAUAGCAUUAUGAGAUCCAUAUAUAUUUAUAUAGUUGGGAAAAGUGUGAACCAAGAACGGAUAGUAUUUUUCAAUGAAGAAAUUAUGGCUAAAUUCUUACUAAAUUACCUAGAAGUAAAUAAAUAUAAUGUACCAGAUGAUGUAAAUAGAGUUCAAUCUUUUUAUAUUAGUUAUAAGUAUCCUUGGGGAACACAGUUUGAUGAAGCCCUGAUAUUGUGGUGUAAAAGCUUUAUUACUGCUCUUGCCUCUUUACAACUUAUAUCAGACGAAAAUAAUAUAGUAUAUAAUAUUACAAAUAUAGAUACUGUUAUAAAUUCAAUGUGUUCACUUGAAAUGAUUCAACCAAUGAGAAAUCACAUUGAAUAUGAAGCUGAUGAGUUAUUAAGGCGGACAUUUGCUUAUCAUUUAGGGAUUGCAUCUGUUUACUGGAUAUACAAGAAACCAAUUCCCUUAUGGUCUUUUUAUGAUCAAUGGAGCUCAAGAUUUGAGCUUGAAACUAAUAUUUUACUUUCAGAAGAACCAGAAAUUAGUCUAUCCACUUUCAUUCUACUUAAGGGAAUAGCUGAUGAAGAAUAUCCUAAACUUAGUGAGCCUAAACUGAAGAUAAGAUCAAAACCGGAAGUUAAUAUAAGUUUAAAAAAAGAAAAUUCCGUAAAGUCUAAGGAGCAAAUUCAAGAAGAUAUAUGGAUUAAUACUCCAAUUAAAUCCUUACAAAAUGGCCAAUAUAGUCUUGGAUAUUUUCUCUUUCCAAAUACAAUUCCUGUAGAAGUUAUGAAUAAGAUGUCUUCGAAUGAUACAUUAGCAUUCACAGGACCUCAUGAAAUCACUUGGGUUGGAGCUAGUGAAAAUGAAUUUCAAGACAUGUGCUUGGGUGCUCUAAAAAAUUUAGAGAUUUAUAUGAAGGAUAAACUUCCCUUUAGAUCAUCUUUAAAUGAGUAUACUAAUAUAUGGCUAACAGAUGAUAUUAGUACAAGAGAUUUACUUUGCAGAGAUAUAGCAGGACGCUAUUUCUAUCCUAGAUCCAUAAUGAAUUGUGAUGAAGCUGUUAUGGAAGGAGCACUUAUAUCUCAAAAGUUAUCUGUAGAUAAAGAACGUUUAAAAAGAGGUCAGUGGCUUGCUGUUCGUGAAAUCUCUAUCAGAAGAAAUAUUCUAGCUUCCACAAAUAAUUUGAAUGUGCCUACAAAUCCUAAGGAGUAUCCAUUUGUAAAUUUUCUACCUCUUAGCAGUUCAGUUGUGAAUUUUAUUGAAUCCGAUGAAUUCAGACAACCUGGAGGAUUCUUAAGAAAUUGCAGAGCUGCUCUAGAUACUGCUAGGACAUUACCUAAAGAAAGUCCCUACUCUCUAAAGUUAUUAGAUGAAUCAGAAGAAACACUGUUAUCUAUUUGUACAGAUGCAAUGAAUUUAUAUUACACCUCAUCUUCUCCAAUGUCAUGGGAUGAACAGCAAACUAUUUUCAAUCCGUUAAACAGAGAAAAUAGCUAUUAUAUGUCUAGAUUUGCUCUAGGACAGUUUAGAGCACUCGUUGACGAAAUAAAAGCGAGGAACUUAUUUGUAGAUCCUUCCAUUAGGAUUUCUGAUCAUUUUCAUUUACUUAACCCUAUAAUUGAAGGGCUACAAACAUCUGACAGCGAAGCAAAAUUUGUUCAGGCUUGUUUUUACUUCCUCAGAAAUUGUGUAUCAAAAAAUUAUAUCUUUUUAAAUAUGGGUUACGAUAUAACAAAUAGUGAUAAAUUAUUUAAUCAAGUCUGUCAAUUUGCUUCAUAUAGGUAUUUCUCAACUUCCAAGCCUAUUUCUCAAUCUGAAGCCCUAAAUCUAAAAGAACAAGGUGUAGAUUUGGAUAAUCCAUGGAUUAGGAGAAGAAUUAAAACAGCUCAAUGGUUAAUAAUUCACCAGGUAUUCCAAAUAAAGGCAAAGAAAUAUCCAGGUGGCUAUGAAGUAUUUAUAAGAGAAGUAUUUGAUUUACCUAAAUACAUGCAGCUAGGAGAGUUUGAUACUAGUGAAAAGCAAUUACCAAUUAUAGAAGAUUGCAUGAAUGCAAUUAUGUUUAUUCUUAAGCAAAAUAGCAAGAAUGUUCAUAAAUUUAAUAGAUAUAUAGGGAUGCCCAAACCGUUUUGUGAAAAAGUAGCUACUAAAUAUGGAGAUACUUCUAAAUAUUAG